AUGAAAUUCGCACAUUCCUUGCAGUUUAACGCAGUGCCGGAGUGGUCGGACUCGUACAUCAACUAUUCUUCGCUUAAGAAGCUCAUUUACAAGCUUGCGGAGGAGUCUACUACUGAGGAGGGCAGUUCUUUUACGGCCAACGAGCCUUCUGAGGAGCCUUCUAGACAUGAAAUUCUGCAGAAGAAGCUAGCAGACAAGAUCCGUCGUGGCAAAGGCUUUGUCCGUAAGGACAAGGCGUCACAGGUAAGUGCGCGAGACUCUGCUGAUGAACUAAACGUUGAGACUAUUGAGCUCGAAUCGAAUCGCCCACGCCAUGUUAGGAUAUUCAUCGAGAAGUUAGAUGCCGAGCUAGAGAAGAUCGACAAGUUCUACAAGACCCAAGAAGCCGAGGUGUACUCACAGGUCGAAGAAACUCUCAAAGAACUAAAGAGAUACACCGAGACUCCGUUUUCCGACCAAUCGAAAAGACUGAGCCACGACUUUGACGACGACGAGACGGACCAGUACAAGUCUUCGGAUGUGGAUCUGGAGCGUGGAAUCCGCCAUAUCGACAACGUGGAAGAGGAGGAGGAGUUGAUCCACUCCUCGUUGCUCAACGACUUGGAGAUGGCCCUUCCACAGCAGCAGAAGAUCACGUUCAAGAAGCAAUCUAUCCACUUCUACAUUGAGCUGUCGCAGCUCAAGUCGUUCAUAGAGCUCAACCGUCUUGGUUUCUCGAAGGUGUGCAAGAAGUUCGACAAGGUGCUACAGGCUGAAAUCAAAGCCGGAUACAUGAGUUCGUUGGCAGAUAAGACGUAUAUUUUCAAGCGUUCGACUUUGGCCAAGCUGGACUCCUAUAUGGAGGAGAUCACCAGGAUCUACGGCAUCAUCACCGAGAACGCCAGUUUCGAUCUGUGUUCUCGUGAGCUCAAGUCCUUCUUGCGUGAACACAUCGUGUGGGAGCGGAACACCGUCUGGAAGGAUUUGAUUGGUUUAGAGAGACAGACCCAAGAGGCCAAAGUGGGCUCAGAGUCAGAUCUGCAGAGGCUCGACUGUUUCGAGUACCUGCUGCCAGACAGAUUCCACAUCAACACCAAAUGGGUGAGCAUCUCCAAACUCAAAAUCCCCAAAUGUCUCUUUGGCAAGCGCGCAGCGCUGAUUGCGCUCGUGAUACUCGUCACAGGUAUCCUUCUGGGAGUCAAGACGUUCAAUGACGAACAGCAGCAUAACUGUAUGGCACUUUUGGCAUGCUGUGCUAUCUUAUGGGCUACCGAGGCAAUCCCACUGUGGGUGACGUCCAUGCUGGUUCCUUUCCUCACUGUGCUCUUCCAGGUGCUCAAGAACGAUGAUGGCACCAAGAUGAACGCUGCGGACGCUGCCACUUACAUCUUCUCCACCAUGUGGGGGUCCGUUAUCAUGCUGUUGCUCGGAGGAUUUACCCUGGCUGCUGCUCUCAGCAAGUACAACAUCGCCAAGGUGCUGAGUUCGUACAUCUUGGCCAUGGCUGGAACAAAGCCCCGCAAUAUCCUGCUUGCCAUCAUGGCAGUUGCUGCGUUUUUGUCCAUGUGGCUUUCCAACGUUGCUGCGCCGGUUUUGACCUACUCAUUGGCACAGCCUGUGCUCAAGACGAUCCCCUACGACUCGGGCUUUGCCAAGGCACUUAUCCUGGGAGUGGCUCUUGCGUCUGAUGUAGCAGGAAUGUCUUCUCCGAUCUCGUCUCCUCAGAACAUCAUUGCCAUUCAAGCCCUCGACCCACAGCCCUCCUGGGGUAACUGGUUCUCGGUCUCGAUUCCUUGCACCAUUCUGGGGGUUUUGGUGAUCUGGGUUGAGAUGGUACUCACCUUCAAGAUGAAGGAUGUCCAGUUGAAAAAGAUCAAGCCUAUCCGCGAAAGUUUCACGCUCAAGCAAUGGUACAUAUGUGCCGUGACCGUUGGCACCAUCAUCUUGUGGUGUCUGAUGACGAAACUGGACGGUGUAUUUGGUCAAUCCGGAAUCAUCUCCAUUCUACCAAUGGCACUCUUUUUCGGAACUGGUCUUCUCAGCACCCAGGACGUGAACAACUAUCCUUGGUCCAUCGUUCUUCUCGCUAUGGGUGGUAUUGCCCUUGGAAAGGCCGUCACCUCUUCCGGAUUGCUCAAGACCAUUGCCGACGCUUUGGACCGUCGUAUCGAGAAUUACUCGGCCUGGGAGAUUCUCAUCAUCUUUGGUGUGCUCGUGCUGGUCUUUGCAACUUUUGUUUCGCACACUGUUGCAGCUCUGAUCAUCAUCCCUCUGGUCCAGAAGAUUGGUGAGAACCUCCCCACUCCACACCCACAGCUCAUGGUCAUUGGUACUGCCUUGCUUGCUUCCGUUGCCAUGGGACUGCCGACGUCUGGUUUCCCGAAUGUGACGGCUAUCUCUAUGACGGACGACAUGGGUAACCGGUACUUGGAUGUCGGCACGUUCAUCAGCCGGGGAGUUCCUGGUUCGUUGAUGGUGUUUGUAAUUGUGAUUACGGUUGGAUACGGUAUCAUGAUCACGCAGGGCUUUUGA